AUAUUCAGUGAUACAGGUUCUUUUCUCCCAUCCUCUAUAUUUUUGCACAAGCCUGGGAUAAUGGCAUGCAUAUGAGAGAGCUGAGUGAGGACCAUAUGCAUAGGGGGGUCUCCAGAAGGGAUCCAGCCAACAACUGCCUCCCCCUGCAACUUCACAGUUUUCAUGGACUGGCGUCUUGGACCUGUUCUUGAGCUCUUGAUGACAGCCCUGCAGCCUUGAGUCAAGUGCAAGUGUAGCUGAAGAUCACCACAGGACAUAGACUCUCUCUAGCAGCAGGUGGACCUGCAGACUCCAGGAGAAUGGCUUCUAUUGGAGACUUUGACCCUGUACACACCAGCGUGCCAGCCACUAAGAUCGAGAUCACAGUGUCAUGCAGGAGUCUGUUGGACAUGGAUACAUUCUCUAAAUCUGAUCCAGUGGUGGUCUUGUAUAUUCAAGGAAUUGGGAACAAAGAAUGGACCGAGUUUGGCCGAACAGAAGUUAUUGACAACACACUGAAUCCAGAUUUUGUCCGCAAAUUUGUGCUGGAUUAUUUUUUUGAAGAGAAACAGAACUUAAGGUUUGACGUGUUCAAUGUGGACUCCCGGAGCUGCAAUAUAUCAAAACACGACUUUCUGGGUCAGGCCUUUUGUACACUUGGAGAAGUCAUUGGGUCACAAAGGAGCAAACUGGAGAAGCCUCUGACGGGGAUUCCAGGAAAGAAAUGUGGGACCAUAAUCUUAUCAGCAGAAGAGCUCAGCAAUUGUCGGGACAUUGUUACUUUGCAGCUGUGCGCUAAUAAGUUGGACAAGAAAGACUUCUUCGGGAAGUCAGACCCUUUCCUCGUAUUCUACCGGAGUAAUGAAGAUGGCACGUUCACAAUUUGCCACAAAACAGAAGUUGUGAAGAACACAUUGAACCCUGUGUGGCAGCCAUUCACUAUCCCUGUGCGAGCGCUGUGCAACGGUGACUAUGACAGGACGGUGAAAGUGGAUGUAUAUGAUUGGGACAGGGGAGGAAGCCAUGACUUUAUUGGAGAAUUUACUACGAGUUACAGAGAGUUAUCCAGAGGACAGAGUCAGUUCAGUGUAUAUGAGGUAUUAAAUCCGAAAAAGAAGUGCAAAAAGAAGAAAUACAUCAACUCUGGAACGGUGACGCUUCUGUCAUUCAAAGCUGAAUCUGAAUAUACAUUUGUGGAUUACAUCAAAGGAGGGACGCAAUUAAACUUCACAGUAGCCAUCGAUUUUACAGCUUCGAACGGUAACCCCUCACAGCCCACCUCCCUCCACUACAUGAAUCCCUACCAGCUGAACGCAUACGGCAUGGCACUGAAAGCGGUUGGAGAAAUUAUCCAGGACUAUGACAGUGACAAACUAUUCCCAGCUUAUGGUUUCGGUGCCAAGAUCCCACCAGAUGGCAAUAUUUCCCAUGAGUUCCCACUGAAUGGCGACAAGGAUAAUUCAAACUGUGUAGGGAUACAAGGAGUGUUGGAGGCGUACUUCAAAAGUCUGCGGACAGUUCAGCUUUACGGACCAACCAAUUUUGCACCAGUUAUUAAUCAGGUUGCCAGUGCCGCAGGUCAAGUGACAGAUGGAUCUCAGUAUUACGUCCUCCUGAUCAUCACUGAUGGAGUCAUCUCUGAUAUGGCGCAGACCAAAGAGGCCAUUGUCAACGCCUCAUCGUUGCCAUUGUCCGUUAUUAUAGUAGGAGUUGGCCCAGCAGAGUUUGAUGCAAUGGAAGAACUGGAUGGAGAUGAGGUCCGAGUUUCCUCCAGAGGUCGAUUUGCAGAAAGAGACAUAGUGCAGUUUGUGCCAUUCCGAGACUAUGUGGAUCGUUCUGGAAACCAAGUUCUCAGCAUGGCUCGGCUUGCCAAGGAUGUCUUAGCCGAGAUCCCAGAGCAGUUCCUUUCCUACAUGAAGUCCCGCGAGAUCAAGCCCCGUCCACUGCCACCUUCCGCACCUAUUCAGAACCUGCCCUCUCACAUCUGAGCAAAGACCAUGCUGUUCCAUUCCAUACAGAAUGGGGGCGCCCCCCUACCAUUUUUAAAAGACAGGGUAAAGCUUUGAACUCCCAUUUUCCUCUUCCCUGUGCCCAGCAUCUACUUAGUUAUUGGAACACGCCUGCUAUUUGCAUCUCUGAUAAACUAGCUGCACCCCGAUCUUCCAGGGGUUAUGCAAUACGGUCUGGAGUUUCUGACCCUGGGUUAUUACCACUGGUCCUGCAAUAGAAAAGAUUGGACUGAGUGGGAUAACCUUUCUGGUGGUCGAACCAGGAUAAAAGACUGAAGUGAUUGAUCGCAGUUGAGGGGAAAGUUCAGCAGAUUUUUGCACUUUGAGAGUAUGCAGUGCUAGCUGGGUAAUGCUGUACAG